AUGCUGAUCUUGGAGAAGAACAGGAUUUCCGCCGUUUCCCAACAUGCAUUCCGAGGCCUACACCUGCUUAAACACCUGCGAUUGUCUCACAACCGCCUGACGUCAGUGCCAGUUGGCGCGCUUCUGCGACCCGAAUCAUUGUGGAUUGCAGAUUUGCAGAUGAAUCACAUCACUACGAUCGGCAGGGAUGUCGUGCGUUUGUCGCGAAACCAGCGCUUGAGUCUUCAGAUCGGACACAACAAGUUAAGGUGUGACAAGAAUCUAACAUGGUUCAUCUGCACCCUGCCGUACCUGCCGUUCAUUUCUCAACACGACGUUCUGAGGUGUACAUUUCCUCCAGAACUCUCGGGAACCAGCCUAACUGCCAUGAGAAAAUAUCUCUGUCAAACCAGCACGGAGAGGCCGCAGCGAGGGAUCGGCUCCAAACCCUUCAGCGAACCGUCUCUGACACCAACUUCAACGAUAAUGGGGUCAACAAGUCCUCAAAUUUUCAACGCCCAUCCGUACAGCGACGCCAUCCCAACUGAGGGCUAUACAGAAAUGCCGCAAACCAUGUCAGUCACUGAGCGCACGACACUGAUGGACUAUGCCGUUACUAAUGAGGGAAAUCCCUUCAUCAAUUAG